CCCGUGAGUCCUCCUAUACAAGCUCCAAGAGUCCACGCACAUACUUUUUUCGAGUCACUACAUAUUAUUAGUAAGUAGAUAACCGCCCCAAGUGGUGCAAACAAGAACUUGAAAUACGUAAGUUCGUGAAAUAUAGUUUAUGCUGUUAUUGAUUCUUCUAUGCUAGAUGAAAGUCUAGGUUAAAAAUAACUUAUUUUUCCUCCUGAAGAUUCCUUAAUUGAGGAAAUUUUGUUUUGUUAAUAGACAAGAACAUUCCACCUCCUUGUGUCAUAAUAGAACAAAAUGGACGGCGUAAUGCGUUAUUUGAUGCAAAACCCUGGCGCGCUGCGGUUUCGGCGCAGGGGUUUGGAUUCCGCCGAUGAGGAUUCUGAUGCGGAGGACGUGGCUACCAAUGACGCAAUGGUCGACCAUUUGCUCAAGGAGAAGACGUUAAAAACCUCCGCCAUCGCAGAUGCAUUCCGGAGUAUCGACAGGAAAGUGUUUGUGCCGGAAGUAGAACAAGGAAGUGCGUACUCGAUUGUGCCCUUGCGCGAUGGCUUGAUCCAUAUUUCUGCACCGGAUAUGUACGCCAAAGUUUUAGAGCAAUUGUGGCCCCUGGAACCGGGAAUGAAUUUCCUAAACAUAGGCUCCGGAACCGGUUACUUCAACUGCAUUGUUGCGAAAAUGAUCGACCCCAGAAACGAAGCCUUGAUGGCCAAUCACGGCAUCGACAUUUGGACCAGCACCAUCAACUACGCAGAGGAAAGGGUAUAAUCCUACUGGAGCUCCUAGCGUAGAUAUCAUUAGUGAGGUGACAAUAAAUCAAAAUUGGCGACAAGAACGUCCUAAGAACAUUAUUUCUUUGGCGUGGAUUAAGUAGUUACAACUACAAAUAGUUCUAAAAGAUCGCUAUUUGCUGUUAUUUCCGAAAUACUAGCUGCUCUAGAUGAGGCCUACUAUCUUUUCUAACUAUGAAAAGGAAAGAAAGCGCAUUGCAUGUGAAGACGCAAGCACGAGGCGAGUUUUAGUAAUUAGUUACUAGAGAGAAUGAUAAGCUUCUUGAAGUAAAGCAGAAUCGUGAAUACCAAUGAAUGGUUGGUGGCAGCUACAACUGCUACUUGCCUACUCGGGGUACACGGCUCAGUAUGAUCAUCUUCAGUUCUUUGAAUAUUUCCACAUGUUUCCUAUUCAGGUCUCAAAGGUUGGAAUGUCAAGCCAGAUACGGUUCUUCAAGAGCAACAUUUACCACUUGGAUACCGGUUCUUCUGCGAAAUUUAUGAUAAAGCAUACGAGUCAGAGUCCUAGAGAGGACAUGAAGACAUUGCAUUGCUUCCCCAUCCCUUCUAGUAUUUAAGCUAUUGACUUAGAUACUGGAAGUAGUUGAUCUUACAUUCCCCGUUAUUUCUCAUUCCGCCUUUUCUUAUUAUGUUUCUACCUCUUCUUAAGUAUAUAUUAACCUGGCUCCUUAUAAGCAGUACUUGACUGUAUAAUUAUAGGCUUUUUUUCGGUCUCGGUUUUUGUGUUUUCUAGUUUGGUCUGCUCCGCCCAUAUAUAUAACCUCCUGGGUCCUUUAGAUAUUGAGUCAGCUUUCUUACGUAUGAAAAUGCAACCUAUUGUUCCACUUGUUCUAAUAACAAUCACCGCAUUUACCUUGGUUCCUGUGCGCCAGCGAGUUUGAAGGCCAAAAUCUACGACCUCCUUGAAAUUGGUGGCGUUUUAGUAGGGCCGUGGUCCUUGAAAAGAGGCCACCAAGUUUUGCGCAAGGUCGUGCGGAAGAGUCAGAGGGUACUACUGGCUAUGUUCUUUGAGGACAAUGAUAUUAACGUCUUCCUUGUACUAGAACUACCGGACGAUUCAAUCGACAUUCUCGUCUUUGUACUAGAACUACCGGAUUCAAUCGACGACAAGGAUAAUUUCGUACUAGGAGAUGAAUUACAACCCAGAUGCUUUUACUUACUACAACGUUAUACUUGUCUUGUGAAUAGUAAUAGUUUUAGAAUUUUUACACUGUAAGAUCUAGUUCAUUUUCAUCGUCUACUGGUUCUAGAAGUUUUCCGUUUUUUUUUCCCAGUCGACCACUCGUAAUGGAUCUACUGACUAUUCAACUAGUUUAGAAGUGGCAAGGGAAAUCUUAGGUAGAUUGCCGAAUAGAUUCGCAUCAUUAGCAGCUUAGAAUACCUAGCAGCUACUAGUUCAUAUAGAACUCUAGCCAAAAAUUCUCGCAUUCCCACUCCCAGGAAUUCGACACUACGGACAUCGAGCCCGUCCAGUUUACCACACUAGUUGAGCCACAAGCUCAAACUGCUGUCACUGGUAUGCAGGUGUCAGUUGGGGGCUUACAGCGUGGCUCGCCUAGACCCGGUUUAUCUGGUGGAGGAGAUCUUGGUGCUCCUACGAGAUCUGAAGGAAGAGAUCGAGCGACAGAGCCAGCAGAGAGCGCAACUGCUCCUGGUGGGCAGCAGAGUAGAAGAAUUCUUGUCGCCUCCCAGUCUCGACAAGAAGAUGAUGGAGAAAAUAGUGCUAGUGGACCACGAGCAAUCAGCAGCACUGGUGCAGCUAGGGGUUCUACUUCUUCUAAUAUACAGGAGCAAAACUACGAAAGCGCAAGUAGAGCUGCUAGAGGUCGUUUCGAAGAUGCUCCUGCUUUUGGGAUCAAUAUUGAGCCUAUCGUCGAAAGGAUUGAGGACCAUGAGACGGACGACGACGACAUUGACGUGAUUGUAGCGUCGAUUUCAGAACAACAGCGCCAGGCAAGGAAUAUGACUUUCUCAGUCGACAAUACUGGAGGAUCGUCCGGCACAGGAGAACGUGAGGACGAAGAUAGAGAAGUCGUAGAAGCCGUGGAAGAGGCACCACGAGAACAGGAUGCCACAGAGGAGCAACAUCUUGUGAAAAAUGACGAGGCGCCUAGUGUCUUAGACAUUCGGUCAGCCUCAAAAGCAUCUUCUGCCGCUUCUUCUGCACCAGGAGGUGUAGUAUCUUCCAGUUCCUGUUCCAGUUCCUGUUCCAGUGCGGGAGAUUCCUACCUUCACAUAGAAGAAGUAGAACCUCCUACUAUAAUGGCAGUUACUCGUUCUAGAACAAAGAAAGAUGAUGGGGAAGAUGAUCUCAUGGAGCAAGGACAGCCUGGACAACAAGAGAAUGCCGUUGUAGAAGAUGAUGCGAUGAAUCUGAACAACGGUAUGCUUUUAGACGAGGGUGCAGUAGAUAUUUUUUUAGAUGAUGAAAGGCAAAAAGCUGUGCCUGCAGGAGUCGGUUUUUCGGCUAAUGCUGCGGUUGCCUGUGAGGGUGAAGCAGUAGGGGGACCCACCUGCAUCGAGGCGGUGGAGGAUGCGGACUUCGUCAAUGGCAACGAUAAAAAGAGCAUUCUAGAAAAAGAUACCGUUGCCGAUGCGACGUGGGAAACGAAAACUAGACCUGAGAUAGAGGAACAACAGCCGACUUCGAUCCCCGUAACGCCUGCUGCAUUGGCUUCCUUGGACCGUGUGGGAACGCUUCCUGUUGGAGUAGGAAUACCUAAGGACGAGGAAGAUGACGAAGUUGCAUCCGCGGUUUCAUCCUUGGCGCACUCCUUCAUGUCAAUACCGGAGGAGGCUUCAGCCUCUACACCGCACAUUUUUGGAGAUCGUAGGCCUUCAUCGACCAGUAUAUUGGGAGACGAGGAGCACGUUGACGGAGCCGAGAUAGCGACUGAGAAUAUCCUACAACAACUUAACGGAGGUCGUGAUGAAGUACAACAAGCGACGAAUACCAAUGUCUUAAAUGGUCCUUGUUCUCGUGUUGUUUGGAGUUGUGUGGUCAAUAUAGCCACGGAUGAGCAGAUGACGGAAUCAGCAGUGCUAGAACAGUCCUCUCAAGUCGGUUGCGAAGGAAGCGAAAGGACACCAAGUCAAGAAGGUUUUUCUUUGGCAAGUACUUCACUCCCUUCUACGCAACAUACUUUCAGCACGCAAACGCAGGACAGUGUCGAUAUGGCUCUUGUGAUGCCGCGACCAGCCUCCCCAAGGGUGUCCUGGUCCAACAGUACGACGCCUCAUAUUGAUGGAGGUUUACAACGACAACCAUUGGCCAGAACCGACGCAGCUGCUGCUCCCGCUUCAGCGUCAACAUUGGUGAGCAGGAGUGAUGCCACUUCCGCGGCAGGUAGUUCCACAUCGACUGCGUUUUCAGGCGGAAAUGGUACUAGAGGAACAACACUUCCUCCAGAAGCUGCAAGUGAUGUGGGGCAAUUGACAGCUGCCACUUCAACGUCAUUGGUGAGGAGUGAUAGUGCCACAGAAGGAGUGAUUGGGCAAUUGGCAGAUUCACCUCCACCGGGUGUCGAUGAAACUAUGCUGCAGGAAGUAAUUGACGACUACCAAAUAGGCCGUAUGGUGCGACACGAAUACCAAUUGCAUCUGCUAAGUCAGCUGGGACAGGCAGUUUUGAGUAGUACGCAAGGAAAUGGCACUUCUAGAGGACAUGAACUUGGAAAUACUGUAACUGACGGCAUUAGAAGAGCAGGGCAAGAACAGCAAGAAGAGCAACAACAACGUCGAGGUCCAGCACAAAAUAAUGAGCCUCGACUUCGACCCCAAGCAGAUCCAGAGCUUUCUGAUAUGCCUGCUUUCGCAUUGGGGUCACAAGAGUCCGAGACUACAGCAGGACGCCAAGCACCAUCUGCAUUGCCAGCUCCUCGUGGUGUGCGACGAACGCGUGAGCGCGAUGCCCAUGAUGGGACUAGUCCUAGCGAGAGAAGACGUCGGAUCGACCCAGAACAGCAGCUUCCAGUCCCGUCCAUUCCACCGCUCCCAGUGACACCUGCAGUGGAGGAUCCAGUCUCCUCUGUCCCCUCUUGGCUGCACAUGGUCAGCGCAGCUGACAUGAUCCGUGGGACAGACCCAGUGGCGCAAGACACCUCAGAUAUGGCAGGAAGUAUAGAUGAUUACGCCUACCAACCGCUCCCAAGCGGCACAGCAAGCAGUUCGGCAGCAGCGUCGGAAGUCGAGGAAACGGCUGGUAAUGUCGUCGGCGUGAACUACAGGAAUAGAGCUGCAGAUGGAAUUGAGGCUGCAAAUGAUAUGGUUGUCGCAUCCGACGAACAAGCGGAGCGUGUCGUAAUUAGUGUUGCAGCACGAGAACAAGUAGGUAACCAGCAAGUGCAAGGUGGAACUUCUAUUUUUGAUGUCGAACAACAAGAGCCUGAAGAUGUAUCAGAAGACAGAAUGAUCAAUACAGCAGCUUCUACGGACAACACGCGAGGUGGACGAGCUCACUCUGCUGCCAUGCAGCAGCGAUUGACCAGGGUGCAAGAAGGAACCGCCAGGAUCUCACAACUCAUGCAGCGACGCCGAUUGACACAGCGUGUGUAUCGCAAUCAUCGUAUGGCUACCUUUUUCCGAAGACAGUAUCUGAAUCAACGAGUCGCGCACUUGCGCAGUCGUGGCGGAGAUAGCGGAAGCGGGUAUGUGCCUGGCCCAGCCUUGAGACGGGAGAGAGAGGGAUCGUCAUCCGGGAUUGCCCAGGAACAGGAGCUUCAGGAAGUAGAUGGGGAUGCGGAGGAAAGCAACAUGCGUCGUGAAGGCCAAGAAGUAGAACAACAGCAGUUAUCCACUCUUCCUGUACCUUCUGGACCAGUACUUGUUUCAACAACUUCUGCCACGAGCAACUCCAUGCACAACUUUUCUAUUCCACCUCCUCCUAUGCCACGUAAUUCAUCUGAUCGCACUCAUUCAGUGACUGAAACUGGUCAUCGUGGUCCCACUACUGCAUCGGGUACUACGGGUGCGGGUACAACUUUUGGAGAACAAGAACGACAGCAAGCAAAUUCUGCAGCCACUUCUGAUGAGGAAGAAGCUCAGAGGCGGUUUUUGGCACGACGUCGUUGGCGCUCCUUCAUGCGCCCACGACCUAGGGUGAACAACACACCUUUCCGUGGCUUGCGUGACGGUGAGGAAGAAGAAGAGGAGGAGAACGCUUCGCCAAUCACAGGAGAUAGAAGAACUGCAGGCACGACAGGCACCACUGGUGGAGCAGGCGGCUCUGGUGGUGGUUCUUCAUCCUCCACCUCGGCUAAUGCACCAUCCACAUCAGGACGCAACAAGAAAGACGGCAAGGAUAAGAAAGUGCAGAUGCCGAGAACGUACCAGUUGCCGGACGCGGUGUGGCGAAAGGAAUCCCACAAGUGGUAUCCCGAGAACUACAAGGAGAUGGUGCGGACUCUCUUGCUGUCGAGUCAACGUCCGGGGUGUGCGAUUCCUACAGAUUUGUGGGUGUCUCACGUGCUGCCUUUCUGCAGACGACACUGGUUCGACGUGACAGACGAUGAGGAAAGUCGGAGCUCUAGCUUUACUAAAGCGAAGAGUGAUGGUGAAAAUAGAGGCACUGAAAGUGGAGGUAGUUGUGGGAAUGAAAGGAUACAGAAUGUGAUUGAAGCUAUAGCUGGAGAGGAUGUGACUAUGGAAGAUGCUAGUAGAACAACUUCAGGCGCAUUAGACUCUGAAACACGAACAAGCAGACCUCCACCUCGCAAUGUCGUGGAAGAGCACAUCGAUUCUGGCGGCGCGUUGACACCACCUCCGCUCUUACGUGCAUCGUCGCCUGCUGUCAUGAUCGAAAGCAGUGGUGGACGAGCACCUCGUGUGUUGAUUUCGCCAAGUACAGAACAGACUCCAGUGGCAGCUUUUGCUAGGAACCGUGGGGACAUACGUACUCCGGGAAGCAGUCCUACAGCCACAAGUUCCACACCAGCAGGCGGAAGUUUCUUGCGAGAUUUCUUAGGGAGCAAUGCGGCAGGUGCUGGGAUAAACAACGAUCAUACAACCACUUCAGGUGGAGCUACAACACUAUUCACGGGUACAACCUCGACCGGUAGGAGUACCACGGAAGGUGCUACUACAACGACAACUAGUACAGAGAUGGACCAUGUUAGUCUGAGUAGACUACAACAGCCACAACGACCACUUCAAGGUCCCACUUCUACGGGAGCCUCUGCCUCCCCUUUUAAUGUGUCUCCAGGUGAAAAUUUGAUGGGUACUUCGCUUCGGAGUCCUGGAGGACGCAACAGAACUUCGGUUGGAAGAACGUCAAAUUAAGGCUGUACCUAAUACAUCUUUGGACGCAUCCUUGAAACGUAUGGAAGAGUAUCUAUCCUAAGGGAAUACUCCCCCAUACUUUUCACGGAUGCGCUUGAAAGAUGAACUACGCACAGCUCUAAUCAAACUCAAGCGCCACAGCCAGACAAGAACCGGUGGUUACCAUAACGGGUGGGUUUGGGAUUACUGGCGCCGUUUCGCGACUCUCCCCACCCGUCUCCGUCUCAAGGUUUGCGCCGCCGUUGUCUCUUUCUGGCUCCAGAACUUCUAGUUUCGCAGAAGAUGAAGAGCAAAUUGGGGUUGCACAACCUGAACCUGGAAGUAGAGCCACUGGAACAAGCGAAGAAGUACCUUCAAGAAGUGUUGUGCCUGACGCAGGAGAUGAACCUGGAGCAGGGCUUUUGUCUGACAGCACCUCAGCGCGAGCACCGUUGAGUCGUAGUCCUCAACGAACGCGGGAAGAAGUAGAGGGCGCUAUGGCCACGGCGCUGAGGGAUGCUGCACGCAGAGCGGUGAAUAGCAAUGCUGAUGUGGCAAGUUCUCCUCAGCAAGGCUCUACAACUUCCAACUCCAAUUUUAUCUCGGAACCUGGUGGCGUGACUUCGGGUAGUGCGAGGGCUUCAGCAAGGAUUUCACCACCAAUACGGGAUCCACGUAGAAGAAAUCUCAUGUCUCAAACUCAGAGUCGUGGUCCAUCAUCUCAUACAGGCACGACCACUUCUAGAACAAGAACCAAUGCCAGUAGAACACGAAACCAGAACCAGAUAAAUCAGAGUCAGAAUCCUUCUGGUUUUUACGAGACCAUGGCGGGCUCUGGCGUACGACAUGAACUAGGUGCUGGCGAUGACCCCGACGAUGUGGAGGGGGAGGAUUCGGGUACGGAAUUACCAGUUGACAUACUUCAAUGGAUUGCUGCAGCCGCUGCCCAAGCAGGAGGAAUACGUGCGGCAGAGGAGAAUAACGCUGGUGGUAUUGGGAAUGCUAAUGCUGGUCUAGGAGGUGCUAACAGAGGUGGAGCAACUACUGGAGCUGGAGCAGGUACCAAUAGAGGUGGAACGACAACAGGAUCUGGAGGUAGAGGAGGAGGUGCUACAACUGGAGAGAAUACGACAACUGGAGGUAACGCUAAUGAUACCGCUUCUACGUUUUCUUCCACAAAUGUUGAUACAUCAUCAAGUUCUGCUGGAGCAGGACCUCCAGACGUUUCUAGAAGCGGCUCAGUAGGACCCAAUGCAGGUGCGGGAAGUAUUGCUGCGGCCGCAGGCGAUUCACCACCUGGAUCCAUGCCACCACAUCAUGGGGAUGUGAGGCCUCUGCAAACUUCGUCAGACACCACUACGACUAACACGAGGACCAGUGCAGCUGUGAAUGUUGAAACGAAUUCGGCUGUGGAGACUACGAAUUCGAUGAUGGAGGAUACUAGUGGCAAUCAGGCAGUGUUGACGUCUAAUACAGGGACUUCUUCGACAAUUUCUGGCACAGCAGCUCCUUCUACUUCUGCGACAGCUCCUUCCACAGGUACGAGUGCAGGAGUUGGUGCAAAUUCAACCGGGGCAAGUCAAGCCGCUGCAAAUGCGAGUACCUCAAAUAGUAGAACACCAGGUAGUACAACACCAACCAACACGAGUGCAGCGAUGUCCUCUCUUUUUGCAAGUCAGCCUUUUUUUAACAGUAGACCAGGAAGCAUCAAUAUCAUGAACCCUAUGAGUCCUGUGAUGCCAAUGCUUUGGACCGGUGCGGCCACACAGCAACAUCAAAUACUAAGAACUAUGGAAGUUGCACAACAACAACAACAACAAAGCAGUUCUGCUUCUGCUGUAGUUGAAAAUCAAGUUGCACAACAAGAACAAGGAGGUAACAAUGGCUCUGCCGCCCCUGAUAGUGAUAUGCGCGUUAACAAUACUAGUUCUUCCUCCCCUGCUAUUGGUGAUGUGCUCGUUAAUAGUGCUCCAGCACUAGAAGGAGAGGUACAAUCACAAUACCAACAACAACAGCAGCCUCCAACAUCUUCUGUAGAGCAAGAUGCGGCAGGAGGACAAGCAGAGCAACAAGCAGAAGAUCAACAAGAGGAAACGACGUCAACUGUGGAAAACUCGUCAACAAAUUCUCUUUCCGUUGCCCGUCCAGUCUUCCGGAGUAGUCUUUCUGGCGGUGGCUUACUAAGAAUGAAUAUGAACAAUGCACCACAAUCACAAAGGCGAUCAGCGACAACGACAUCUCCGCUGUUAUAUAACAAUUUUAUAGGUUUUGGAGGUGGACCCAGUGUUGGACUUUUGUCUAGCAAUAUCUUAAACGGACAAGCAGGGCUGGGAUCUACGGGAGGAGCUAAUGCAGGAUCUACGAUUGGCAUCUCCAAUUCAACUCUCCGUACCACGUGGCCUUUGGCACCGGGCUACGUGCAGAGGCCAGGAUUCGCAAGCUCUCCCCCUCCUAAUCAAGAUGGUGAAUGA